ACGAAUAAUUUGUUGACAGGUGCAAACGCUGGAAAUGCUGCUGUCGGCUUACGACGAGGAGGACCCGGACGCGGCUCGGUCGGCGCUGAACAGUCCGUUCAUCAAGCACAUGGACGUGGAGUACUCGCGCCUGGCACGUGACCUGCCUCUGCCGCCUGGCAACUCCAGUCAGCCCAAGGGCCAGGUGCGCCAGAACGCCGCGCCCUCUUAUGUCUCUACCCGAUCACAGGGAGGUGGCGCAGCGGCCCCCAGUGGAGGGGAUGAAGACGACUUUGAAGGGGGAUUAUGUUAGGAGCAACUGGCCUAAAUUUUAGAUUUUAAUUUUAUCUAUACUGUACUUGCUUUUUGAUGGUUUUUUUGUCAAUAUAAAACUUUCACAUUUGCUUCGCCAAUCAUAGCCAUGAAAUGACGUUUAAAAUAUUUUAAACUCAAGCUAUAUUGUCAGUAAGACAUCAAAUACAUGAAUGUUUAUUUAUUUUAAAUACGCAUUUACCGGUAAUUUAUAUUGUCUAAGUUUAACGGAUGGUGGGUUUGAAUUGGUAAUGAACUGCGUUUUGCAGUUUGCUCGGGUGGGUAUACCACUAUUAGAUAUCAGUUUGACAACAACGAAAAUGUUAAUACACAAUAUAGUACAGUACAUUGAAUUUUGAAUUAUAUUUCAAUUAUUGAUUACAGUAUUGAUAACAUUCCCCAUCCUUUGUACCUCAGGACUAAAGCCAAGUACUAAGAUUAAGAACCCGGGGCUUGUUUAGGAAUUUUUCAGAAUAUCUCAGCCGUAUUCCUCUACAUAUUAUAUUAUUGGAUCACUAAUUACAAAAGCUUUAUUACUACAAUGUUUAGAAAAGGCAAAAAUAAGAAAUGGAAGGAGUGGGCUCGAAUAUAUUUGUUGUCUUUUGAAACAGUUCGCCGUAACUUGAGUUUGUUCUCUAUGUAUCUUCCUUUCAAGGCGUCUUCCUCCAAUGCAAACAAAUUUCAAGUCAUUUUCUUGCCUAAAAAUGGAUUAAUGGGCUAAAAAGAUACUUAUAUAAUUUUUGUUUUGAAGAUUCUUGAUUGUAGUUGCAUUUAAAAUUAGAAUUAGUUCAAGAGAUUUGCUAUAUAAUUUGAAAGAGAAUUCUCUUUCACUGAAAAGUUUGGUUCAUUGGCUCCUAUCUGAUUCCAGCACCUCAACCAAACUUUGAAAAUUUGCAUGUGUUUCUGCUUAAGUACUUUACUUGUGAGUUAUCUGGAAACUUUUUGAAAAAAUCUAAAUGUAACAUAACUUUGAAAAAUCUUUCUAAUCGUCAUACAUUCCUUAAUUUAAAUUUAGAAACUCGUAAAGCAUUGUACAAAUUGUAUUAUGUGAUAAACUUGAUCUCUUGUAAAUUGUAUAUUUCAAAGUAGAUAUUUGUUUAAAUUAAUUUGAGAGACAAUUCGUCUUUCUCGGAAUUUUCUUUUUCUAAUAGGAUUACUUUUACCUAAAUUCAAUCAAAUAUUUUAUCUUUGAAAUCGUUAAAAAAGUAGAAAACUUGUUUUUAAGAUGAUGAUAGAUAGUAAUAUUCAUUCACUUAUUAUAGGUAAUAAUCACUCAGUUAACCUCUGCACUAAAUAACCUAUUCAUAUGGUGUCCUUUCAUCAAGUUACAUUUUGUAGCAUUUUCAAUGCUAUGGAUGGUCGUUGUAACUGAAAAUUGUUGAAUUCUAUGUAAAUAUUUUAUUGUUAUCUGUAAAUUGUUCGUUGGUUAUCAAUAUUGUUUUCACUAAUAUUAAUACUAUUGUAUUUUUACAUAGGCUAACUUUAAAGUGAAAAACACUCACAUUCUUUGGUGUGGCGACUGCCACGGUCGUCGCCACAGCACAACGAAUGUGAGUGUUUUUUCACUUUAAAGUUAUUUAAAUUGUUAAUUUAAUGGUAACGUAUAGCUAUAGGUUUUUAUCCUCUUACUGUUAACAGAUUCUUUCAUUUUUAGUACUUGUUUGAAAAUGUCAUUAAAGCUUGCAUUAAUAAGAUUAUGAUGAACUUGAUGCUCUAAAUAUAUUAACAAUUAUUCCAACAUUCAAUUAUUGAUGAGAUUGUGAAUAGUUUAGUGCUAAUGUUUGAUGACAAGUAUUUGUCGAUUAUCUCUCUAGUGAAACGUGGUUGUUGAACAAGAUGACGUAUCUAAAUCUCAUAUUGGGUUAUAUUUCCGGCUAAAUCUUCAAUCUUUGUUUAAUUAUUAUUGAUCAUAACUUACCGGCUACUGUUAGGAUUACUCAAACUUCAAGUCCAUUCAGAAAAGAUUGAACUUUUUCAAAAUUGAGGUUUUAAGUAGGUCUAUACUAAUGUUGAAGUUUUCUAAAAUCAUUACUUUUCUCCAGUGGCGAAUUCUCAGAGCAUGCUAGGAUUUGUUUUUCAUAUUUAUGCAUCUUAUGUGCUCGUGUUUUUAAAUGAAUAUUUGGUUUAAUUCAAUAAAGAAUAUGGUCACUAGACUAGAGAAUAGUGUAAAAUUUGACUAUUUAUGUUAAACAGUAUAUUCUUAUAAUGUUAUCUUGAAGAUACUCAAACAAAACUCAACAAAUUAAUAAUACAAAAACGUUAUUAUCGCUUAGCGUAUAUUUGCACUGUUGCAACGCGCAUCCAGAUAGUGUUGAAAGAAUUGUGUAGGAACUUAAGAGCGAUUCAUUAUUGUAUCAAAUAAUACUUGUCCACUAUUACUGUAAUUGAUUGAAUGGAAAUCAUCUGGAAAUACAGAAAUAAAGCCUACGACUUGA